AAAUACUUAUAUGUAUUGAUAGAAAACAAAUACACAUCCUGAUAUCAAAGUCAAAUGUUUAUAACGCGUCGGUGAUUUCCAUCAGGCGUUCUACACGGACUGCUACUGCGUAGUGCCGACUUGGUUGUGUAUUUCCACUGACAAGAAGAUAUGGGAUUAGCAAAAUAGUCCAGAGAUGCGUGUCUGUCCCUGGUCACCUCUGAAAACAUUUUCCAUGAACCCUCUACAUUUCUGAGAUGGUGUAAAUGUUCCGUACGAGCGCUCCUUUUUAUUACACUGUCUCACAGGAGAAUGUUAUCAUCUCCGGCUCCGAGUAGAGCCGGAAAACGAACUUGCCACCUGAGCUAACCCCUUAGCCCGUUAGCAGACUCGACUCGACGACAUAAUAGGCUGCCUCUGCUUUUGGGAACACGGUGUGCUUGUUGUGGAAGAUCAACCGAGCGCACAUCAAGAACAGUCCCGGUGUUUCCCAGACAGUAGCUGUGGUCUACCGUCUCUUUCAGGAUCGCCUUUGUUGUGUAAUCACCUGCCUUAACCGUGGGAUGGAGGGGCACCAGCUCACUUGCUAGCAAGCAGGCUAACAGCAACUUAGCCGGUCCCCUGUGUCUUCGCGGCGUUAGCAGGGCACCGCUCUCAUUGCGCUGGCUAAAAAUACACUUCGUGCCCCUCCAAAAGUGGUGGGCUAGUCCACAUUGGGCUCGUCUUCGGCUUUUCUGGUUACCGUGCUCGGAGUCUGGCACUCUACAUGGUCACCACAGUGAAUUUAAGACGACUUGAAGAGCGGGUCGGACCUGGAGGUUGUGAGCCGAGCUCGCCUGAUCUGACGCGACAUCGCUGCGGCUGGAGGGCUUCAGAUCUCCAGGGGAACGAAACCCGGCUUUGGGUGACUGGUGGCCGAAUAUCAUUAUGCUCUAAUGGCCUUUUCCCGUCAUCAGUAGUGUUGUAACAAGCCUUGGUCAAGCCCGGGGUUGCAAGACCUAAACUUUGAGAAGGUCAGAGAAAGACUUUUUGUUUCCACUGUCAACUGUCUGAGAUUGGCGAGACAGACUUCAUCUGUCAGGGAGCAGACACCAUGUCGGAGGAUAACAACGCAGACAAGUUCAUCAAGGAGACCUCCAUUCUAGAUGAGUACAACAUUAACUGGACACAGAAGUUGGGAGCCGGCAUCAGUGGACCUGUCAGAGUUUGUGUGAAGAAGUCAACUCAGGAACGUCUGGCCCUGAAGAUCCUCAUUGAUCGCCCCAAGGCCAGAAAUGAGGUGCGUCUUCAUAUGAUGUGUGCCAACCACCCAAACAUAGUGCAAAUCCUGGAGGUUUACGCCAACAGUGUCCAGUUCCCACACGAGUCCAGCCCGAGAGCGAGGCUCCUGAUCGUCAUGGAGAUGAUGGAAGGCGGUGAACUGUUCCACAGAAUCAGUCAGCACAGGCACUUUACUGAAAAGAUGGCCAGCCAGGUCACUAAACAGAUCAGUCAAGCCUUGGAACAUUGUCACUCCCUAAAUAUUGCACAUCGCGACCUGAAGCCAGAGAACCUACUCUUCAAAGAUAACUCUCUGGAUGCACCUGUGAAGUUGUGUGACUUUGGCUUUGCCAAAAUUGAUCAAGGAGACUUGAUGACCCCUCAGUUCACUCCCUACUACGUAGCACCUCAGGUACUUGAGGCUCAAAGAAGACACCAGAAGGAAAAGUCUGGAAUUAUACCUACCUCACCCACUCCUUAUACCUAUAACAAGAGCUGUGACUUGUGGUCUCUCGGUGUGAUUAUCUACGUGAUGCUGUGCGGCUAUCCUCCGUUCUACUCAAAGCACCACAGUCGCACCAUCCCGAAGGACAUGAGGAAGAAGAUCAUGACAGGCAGCUUCGACUUCCCUGAAGAUGAGUGGAGCCAGAUCUCUGAGAUGGCCAAGGACAUCGUACGCAAGCUGCUGAAGGUGAAGCCAGAGGAGAGGCUGACUAUCGAGGGAGUCUUGGCUCACCCUUGGCUAAACUGCACCGAAGCCCUCGAUAACGUGCUGCCCUCUGCCCAGAUGAUGAUGGAUAAGGCGGUAGUCGCAGGAAUCCAGCAGGCCCACGCAGAGCAGUUGGCCAACAUGAGAAUUCAGGAUCUGAACGUCAGCCUGAAGCCCCUAAACUCUGUCAACAACCCAAUCCUCAGGAAGCGGAAACUACUAGGCCCGAAGCCCAGUGACGGUUUCUUCAUUCAUGACCCAGAGAACGGAGGGGAAGACUCAAACGUAGCGGUGGAGAAAUUACGAGAUGUCAUUGCACAGUGUAUACUACCACAAGCUGGAGAGAACGAGGAUGAAAAGCUGAAUGAGGUGAUGUAUGAAGCCUGGAGGUUUAACAGAGACUGUAAACUGCUGAGAGACGGCCUGCAGGGCCUCAGCUGGGACGGUCGAGCCUUCUCCGAUAAAGUCGACCGCCUGAAGUUGGCUGAAAUAGUGAAACAGGCCAUCGAAGAGAAAACGAAUCUUGAAGAAUCUCAUUAGCAAAACGCUGUCUUUCUAUCUUCUUUUUAUAUUGUUUAUUAUGACCCUUUUUAACCCAUAUCUGUAAAGAAGCUUUUUUAUGUAAAAUGAUGCGCUAAUGUUUUUUUUUUUUUUUUUUUUUUCAUGAAUCCACUUGCAAGACCUAUUGUACAGCUGUAGAUAUAUUUCAAAGACGACUCAUUGGUACUAUAAUUUUUUUUUUAAAUGGACACUUGCAAAGAAAAUGGAAAAAACAAACUAUAUUUUCAUUUUUGCAAAAAAAAAAAAGAAAGAAGAGAAAAAUCAGUUAAAGAAAUUAUUUUCUGGGAGGGAAUUUUUAUUAGCUGAUUGUCCAAGGCGCCACAUGUUUUAUCCCAGUUAGUUCACUUUAUUCUAUUUUAUUUCCUUUUUAACCAUCCUAAGAAAUUGUAUUUAUUUAAAGAAAGAGUUCCAUUAUUUUAUACCUUACUUGUAGCCGGGCAGUGGGCUUAAAAGUUAAGAGAGAAGCUGUCUACGGUGUGACUUUGUACUUCCACACACAUUCUGAAUCUCAGACUGCGUUUUAAGUUAUCUGAAUCUUUGUUUGUGUGUAACUUUCCCUUGACCUUAAAGAGAGUGGGAUGAAAUAGACUAAAUGCAGCCUCAAAUACAUUUUGUCACAUCCCCCUUUGAAGCUGGAAAGAGAAGACACUUAAAGAAACAAAGCAAACUGACGCUGGCUGGGUUUUGUCGUAACUCUGAAUUAGAUCAGUGUUAUUUGACCAAAACAGUUUAAAACCUGAGGUCCACUUCCUAGCCUUUUCUGAAGCUUCUGACUUCUUUCAGUUUUCUUUAAAAGAUGGAGGUUUUUCAGAUCGUUGGAUGGGGACAAAAGUUUCGGUUACGACUUCAGCAUUGAGCCGUUUUUCCUUUCACGCUCAGCUGGAGUUCAACUCAUACUCAUGAAGUGAUGAUACUAAUUGUCAGCUUCUGAAGUCUGUUUGGCAAGUAAAAUGAAGCAAAUUAUCUCAAAUGUUUGCUUUUUUUAUGUCUUCCCGUUUUUGAUGUGAUUCUGAAUGGUCUUAAGUUUAGUCUUCAGUAAAAGCUUUUGAUCUGUGAAAGUGACGCAAUCUGUGACGUACACGUUGAAUCUACUGGAAUUCAGACCAGGGCCAGUUAAUAUUUAAGUCGCUCUUAGAGCCAAAACACACACGAAGGACACAGACAUUUUGGUGCAAUGUAGUCGAUGUCAGAUCAGCAGGAAAAGUUUCAGCAUCCAUAAACUGAUCUCUUAGGAUUCAGUUGGCUGAAUGUGCAAUAGGGCAGUGAUGUCAUCAUGUAUUCAUAGUGCGUGGUAGUGAGAUAGUGUGUAUCAGUCCAUCAGUAUUACUGUCUGUUCCUCUCUACGUCAUUUCAAAGGUCUGAAUACCAGCAAAUACUCCAGCCCUUCACUCAUCCUCAUCCUUUACUUCUGACUGAUCUCAUAUCGUUGACUUUGUUCUAGAGCUCUGGUCAUAUCUGAUAAUAUUUCUCAUGUUCUGGAGGCCAUGUCAAUAUGACAGAACAGGGUUUAUAUGGCUGAGAGUACAAGUUCUCUUGUUCAGUGCCUGGUGAUUAUUUCUCUAACAUUUUUUAAAUUUAUUUAAAAGAAAAUCCCCCCCAUCAAGGUGUUUUUUGUUUUUUUUACCUCCAUGAAAAGACACAUCUAUCCUCAGCCAUUAGAGAACACGGUCGCAGUGUCUUGCAGUGAAACUCUGCAGAUUUCGACAUUCUGUGAUGAUCGAAAGAUUUGGUGAAAAUUAUCUAGAUACUACUAGAUAAAUCUAUUUUUUUUCCUGGGUGGUUGAUCUUGUUGCAGUGUCACAAACCUUCAAACAAGGCUGUUUUUCCUCAGCUCAUUGUUGGAUAGAUAUUGGAGCCGCAGCGCAGUGACAGUAAACUCAUCUUUUCUGCGCCAUUUGUAACCGACAUGAAGAAAAAGUGCAAUUUUGUAUGUCUGUCUUUCUAAUUUAAGUUUGGUUUGAAAAACAUUUGCUCAUUUAGCCCGUCUGUGAUGAUGGAUUGUCAUACAGUCUCCUUGAAGAAAAACAACUUCCUAUUAACCACAUUUUAUGUUUGAAAAGCUCUUGUUUUGACAUGGCUAAGUUUUACACUCUAAUGUGCCUUGUUGAUGGGGCGGCAGCUUCAUCCUGAAAAUGAAUUACAGGAUGAGUUGAAACUCAAAAUCAUUGUGAGGACUGAUUGAUAUCUGCCCCUUUAGCUGUGAUUUGCCUGGUUUCAUGCCAGUUUUCAUUCCAUAUUUCAGUUUGGCAAGAUUUUUUUGAAAUUCACCUUGCAUUAGUAUCAUAUUGGGGUGGGUGGGGGGGUCUCUCCUCCAAAAACUAUUUUUUUAAUUUCUUAGCUUUUUUCCCCUUAUUUCACCACUGACGCUUUAAAAAAACAUUCAAACAUAUUGGGAAAAUAUGUUUAUUCACUGCUGAGAUUCGGUGCCAGAUGAGAAGCUUGAUACCACUUGGGUCUGUUCAGUUAAAUAUAAGGCCACAGCCAGUUAGCCUAGCUUAGCAUAAAUACUAGAAGCUGCUGCACAUGUGCAUAAUUUACGCCUAUAUUCACGGUGGAAGUGAAGCUUACUAAAACCUGAAAACAUGACCAAGCAGAUCAGAUACAUUGUGAACGAUGCUGGCUCAGGCGUGUGUGAGCAGACCAAUCAGAGGAGAUGUGGUAUGCGGGGGGAGGGCAGGGGAAGAUAAAGAUAAACCCAACCAGAUCUUAACCAAAGCCUUGUCACAUUAUAAAAUACAAAGUGUGAACAACAAAGAAAACGACACAUACAACUCUUGUGAGUUACACAAAUCUGUGGUUGCCAUCCAAACACAAACGUCUUCGUAGUAAUGAAAAAAGAUAACAUGUUGAUUAGUGAGCUGUAGCAGUGUUGUGGCCUUAAAUUUAACAGACAGGCAUUUCAAACCUUUGCUUUAAUGUGCAGCAGUCAAGUUUCUACUUUUAUGUCGAUCAUACAUUUUGUAGCGGAGCAAAUCAAAUUUACAGUAUUGCAGAAUCAGCAGAGCUCGCUAAAAGUGGAGCCCAGAGCUGCUGUGUAUGGAUAUGUGUGUGUGUGUGUGUGUGUGUGUGUGUGUGUGUGUGUGUGUGUGUGUGUGUGUAUUAUUAAUUUAUGUGUGUAACUUGUGUCGAGUCUGCUGAAGCUGCUUUGUGUUGCUGGAGGCCUGAAUCGCAGGGCGCUGCCUGAUUGAGCAUUAUCAUCAAUUAGCAUUUUUGCGCUGCAGAGUCGAGGCUAGUAUGCUGAUGUCGAUCACGCCAUAGUAAAAAUGUAAACCUAAGGGAAACACACGGUCAUGCUCAAGCACAAUUUAGCUGCUGUUGGCCGCUCAGUGCUACUAAAAAAUUCCCAGAGGGCAGUUGGUUUUGAAGACACUACCUCCCUCUCCUCCUGUUGCUGCAGGAUUCCCCUGGACUGACAUUCAGACAUAUUUCACGGAUAUAUUAAGUAGCUUCCACUCUUUUCUGUUCAAAGAAGAGAGAUGAGAAUUCUUGUUUUAUACAAGCUGUCCCGAUCAGCUCGUUGAAAAUUACAUGAGCUGCAGAAAUGAUUUAGCUGGCACCAUUUGUUUCUUUUUUGUUUGGAAGACCGAAACUGCCGAAAUCAAAACUAAAUAGAUUACUCAGUAAGUAGUCCUAUGCUAUUAAAUUGACCAAAAAUGAGAUUGAAAAUGAAUUAGUAAGAUGUGACAUCAAUUGAUAUUUCAAUUUUAAUGUGCCUCUGUAUUUAUUUAACUUUCAUAACCAUCGUAUUAUGAAUUAUUCAAAUGUAUGCUUUCAUUUAUUUUUAAAUGUUUUUAUUCAUGUGCUGCUUUAUUUCUAAUCUUUGAACAAUAAAUGAAAUGGGAAAGUAAAUAAAUAGUUGAAUUACUACAAUGGUAAAUAAAUAUGUAAAGCAUUUUAUCAGUGAUGAUAUAUAUUUAUUUAAAUGACAAUUCAUUUAUUGAGACAUUUAUUUAAUUACUUUUGAUUUUGUCAGUUUCAGCCCUCCAUAUGUUUCCUCCUGCUUCUCAUAAAGAACAGAAGGUUUGAAACAUUUUGAGUUGUUUCUUUGGGUUUGGCCUCAGAGAUGUAAAAAGGAAGAAGAACAACCGGAUGUAGUUGUUCCUGCUUAUGUUGAAGUCAGAAACAAAGUGGAAAGGAAAUCACUUUGAAAGUUUAAAGCCUUUUCUCUGCUUUCUUCUGUCUUCUUUUUUAUUUCUGGUCUGGCACAUUAUGUAGCAUGUACCUGAAUCUGUCAUGAAGACUCGCUGUAUUCCUGUCCACACUUCUAUUCUUUUACCCUUUUCCGUCUUCUCUGGAAUGUCAUCACCAUGCUGACUUUGUAAUAAAGAAAUUCUCUGACUUUUGAACAUA